AUGACGCUUUUCAUUCUCACUGAAACCAGCGCGGGUUACGCCCUGCUGAAGGCCAAGGACAAGAAGCUUCUCAAGCGUGAUGACAUCGCUCAGGAGGCUUCCACCGCCGAGGGUGUCUCUAACCUUCUCAAGCUGAAGAGCUUCCAGAAGUUCGACAGUGCUGCCUCAGCUCUGGAGGAGGCCGCUUCCAUCAUGGAGGGCAAGGUCACCCCCCGCCUGGCUUCCAUGCUCGACGGCAUCAAGGAGGAGAAGAAGGUUUCCCUGGCUGUUGCCGACGCUAAGCUUGGCAAUGCUAUCAGCAAGCUUCCUGGUCUUGACAUCCAGUGUGUCGCUGACUCGACCACCCACGACAUCUUCCGUGCCGUCCGUGAGCACCUUACCACUCUCAUUCCCGGUCUGGCCCCCAGUGACAUGUCCACCAUGUCCCUUGGUCUGUCCCACUCUCUCGCCCGUCACAAGCUCAAGUUCUCCCCCGAUAAGAUUGAUACCAUGAUUGUCCAGGCCAUUGGCCUCUUGGAUGACCUUGACAAGGAGCUCAACACCUAUGCUAUGCGUGUUAAGGAAUGGUACGGAUGGCACUUCCCCGAGCUGGCUAAGAUCCUCAAUGACAACAUUGCCUACGCCAAGCUCGUCCUGAAGAUGGGUAUGCGCUCCAACUGGGAGACUGCCGAUCUCGCCGAGAUCCUUCCCGAGGAGAUUGAGGGUGCCGUCAAGACUGCUGCCGACCGCUCCAUGGGUACUGAGAUCAGCGCCGAUGAUCUCGAGAACAUCCAGGCCCUCGCUGAGCAGGUUGUUGGCUUUGCCGAUUACCGCUCUCAGCUCGCCAGCUACCUCACUUCCCGCAUGAACGCCAUCGCCCCCAACCUGACUGCCCUUGUCGGCGACCUUGUUGGUGCCCGUCUCAUUGCCCACGCUGGUAGCCUCACCAACCUUUCCAAGAGCCCCGCCUCCACCAUUCAGAUCCUGGGUGCCGAGAAGGCUCUCUUCCGUGCCCUGAAGACCAAGCACGACACUCCUAAGUACGGUCUCAUCUACCACGCUUCUCUCAUCGGUCAAGCCACCGGCCGCAACAAGGGUAAGAUGGCCCGUAUUCUCGCUGCCAAGGCCUCUCUUGGUAUCCGUGUCGACUCCCUGGCUGAGUGGGAUGACGAUGCCACCGAGGAGGACAAGGCUGCUCUCGGUACCGAGGCUCGCUUCAACCUUGAGCGCAAGCUUGCCGGCAUGGAGGGCAAGCCCAUGAAGCCCCGCGGUGUUGCCAUCGGCCCCAACGGUGCCGCCCAGCCCGAGAAGUUCGACCUCAAGGAGGCUCGCAAGUACAACCCCGAUGCCGAUGCUCUGGCUUCCGAGGAGCCUGCCUCCGCCAAGAAGUCUAAGAAGUCCAAGAAACUCGUUGAGGAGGUUGAGGACGAGGAGAUGGCCGAUGCCGACUCUGACGCUGAAGACUCCGACGAGUCCGAGGACGAAUCACCCAAGAAGAAGUCUAAGAAGAGCAAGGGCUCAGACAUCGAGGCUUUGGCUGCCAAGGCCGGUCUCAGCGUCAAGCGUUACGAGCGCAAGCUUGAGCGUGGUGAGAUCACCUUCGAUGCAGCAGGUAACCCUACCUCAGUCAGCAAGAAGGAUCUGAAGAAGUCCAAGAAGGAAUCCAAGAAGGCCGACAAGGAAGAUGGCAAGAAGCGCAAGCGCUCCGAAGAUGACGAUGAGAAGAAGAAGAAGAAGAAGUCCAAGGGAGAGUAA